AUGGCCGCGCAAACCGAACAAAGAAAUCACGGGCUGGGUUUGAACAUGGAAGCCCGAAGGCUCAUGACGCAGGGGAACAGUCCAACAUCUUCGCGGGACACAUUUGACAAGACAACUGGAGCCUUAUCCCCAUCCACCCUCAAACGGCCGUCGCUAGCACACAGGUCCGCAACCAGUCAGCAGAAUGGGCUGUCAACGCAAAGGAUCAUUCCAAAAGAGACGGAAGACUACUUGACGGCAAGACCCACGCUGUUACAUCGUACCAAGAGUGACCUUGGUCCACGGCACAAAGAGGGACCCACGAGUCCUGCGGGGGAAGACAAGUUGGCUCAUAUUCGUCAUGGAUGGGACGAUGAAUACACAUCAAACGAAUACCUGUCACUGUUACACUCGACAUUUUACAUGUACUACACGGAAAAGCGCCACGAAAGCAAUGGCUCCCUGUCCGAGGAAUCCAAGAAAUUUCCCAGCGUGGACUGGCGUAUGAAGGACCGGAUGAAGACGGUCUCGGCCGCUCUGGCGAUCUGUCUCAAUAUCGGCGUGGAUCCUCCUGAUGUGAUCAAGACGAACCCAUGCGCCAAACUCGAGGCAUGGGUCGAUCCCACUGCAAACAGUGGUGGGACCACAAAGACCAUGGAGCAGAUCGGCAAACGGCUCCAGGAGCAAUAUGAGAGUCUGAGUUUGAGGACUAGGUACAAACAAUACUUGGAUCCGUCGAUCGACGAAACGAAGCGUUUUUGCAUCUCCCUGCGUAGAAACGCAAAGGAUGAACGGGUUUUGUUCCAUUACAACGGUCAUGGAGUUCCGCUUCCAACAGCCUCGGGGGAGAUCUGGGUUUUCAACAAGAACUAUACCCAAUACAUCCCGGUCGGCAUAUAUGACCUCCAGUCAUGGCUGGGAGGGCCGAGCUUGUUCGUUUACGAUGUGUCUCAUGCUGGCAACAUCGUCUACAACUUCGACACAUUCCUGGCCAAGCAUGAAAAGGAGAAUGAAGAGAUCAAGAAGCGAGACCCUAAUGCACCGGUCCAGAACUAUGGAGACUGCAUACAAUUGGCAGCUUGUGGGAGAACAGAAAUGCUCCCCAGCAAUCCCGACCUACCAGCCGACUUGUUCACAUGUUGUCUGACCACCCCCAUCGACAUAGCUUUACGAUUCUUCGUUCUACAAAAUCCACUCCAGAACGGUCCCCAUCUUGAGGAUGGAAAGAUUCCUGUCCCGGGUCGUCUUCAGGAUAGACGGAGUCCGCUGGGCGAACUAAACUGGAUCUUCACGGCUAUCACCGAUACUAUCGCGUGGAACAGCCUACCCCGCCAUCUAUUCAAGAAGCUUUUCCGCCAGGAUCUCAUGGUCGCAGCCUUGUUUCGCAACUUUCUACUCAGUGAACGCAUCAUGAGAGCGAACCAUUGCCACCCCAUAUCAUCCCCGCCUCUUCCCGAAACACACCGACACCCCCUCUGGCAGAGCUGGGACCUCGCCAUGGAGAUGGUAUUGGCGCAGCUGCCCAUGCUUCGAGAAGCCGAGGAGGGAAAGCGUGUGUACGAGUAUCAACACUCGACCUUCUUUGCCGAACAGCUCACCGCGUUCGAGGUGUAUCUCAGUUCGGGGCCAACCAAAGACCGAGCUCCCGAUCAGCUGCCGAUUGUCCUGCAAGUUCUUCUCAGCCAAGUACAUCGGCUGCGUGCGUUGAUCCUGUUGAGCAAGUUCCUUGACCUGGGACCUUGGGCUGUUCAUCUUGCCUUGAGUAUCGGUAUCUUUCCGUAUGUUGUCAAGCUGCUUCAGGCUGCUUCUCUGGAGCUCAAGCCGGUCAUGGUGUUUAUAUGGGCACGCAUCAUGGCGGUUGACUACACUGUGCAGAGCGACCUGUUGAAGGACAACGGGAUCUCCUAUUUCAUUUCCAUCAUGAACCCUCGUUCAGACAUACCUGUGGGUAACGCCAGCGAGCAUCGAGCCAUGUGUGCCUUCAUUGUGGCCACAUUCUGCAAGAAAUAUCCUCCCGGUCAAACUGUGUGUUUGCUCCCGGAAGUGUUUCAAGCAUGCCUGCUGAACACAGCUGAGCCGGAAAAUCCGUUACUGCGACAAUGGUCUUGCUUGUGUUUGAGCAUGUUGUGGUGUGAUUAUGCGGACGCCAAGUGGAUGGGGAUCCGAUGUAUGGCUCAUGCCAGACUCUGUGAGCUCUCUCUCGAUCCGGUGCCCGAAGUCCGCGCUGCCAUGCUGCACGCUUUGACGAAUUUCUUGGGCAUCCCUGAUUUGACCGAUCAGGUCUCUCAAGUUGAAGAAGGCAUUGCGUCUUCGGUUCUUUUCAUGACAUCGGAUGGAAGCACAUUGGUCCGCAAAGAGCUACUGGUGUUCCUGUCGACGUUUGUGAAGCGUUAUGAAAACAAGUUCAUGGUUGUCGCAUACGAACAAAUGGUCGACGAGAGGGAUAGGCAUCCAUACAAAGACACCGACGGGGUUGCGUCCGACGGGCGCAAUGCUCUCACAGGCGUUCCAAUCUCGGCGAACACGAUCUACGGGUCUAUAUGGGUACAACUUCUGAUCUUGUCCGUCGACCCUCAUCCCGAAAUCGCAAGAAAUGCCUCCAUCAUUGUGGACUGUGUGCAUGAAGGCUUGCUCAAUUCGCCGAUGGGCCAAAUGUCCACAGCUGUGAUCGAUGAUCUAUUGAAACUGUCAAAGAAAGAGGAGUCUCAGCUCAAGAAGGUUUCGUCUCGGGAUUCGCUCCGGACCAUGGACCGGCGGCCGGGCACUCCACCGCCGGCGUUGCAGAAGCAGCAGAGCUAUAUAUCUUUGAGCCUGAAAAGGGCAGGCAGCUCACUUCGCAACCUUGCUUUUGGAGCUACUUCCGACAAUGCGUCCUCUUCAAAGGACACGACUCCUCAGCAGUCUCCGGUCAAAGCCAGGGACACUGUUCAUCCUCUGAACACCCCACGUGGCCGUUUGCCGCCGGAAUGGAGUCGACCACCAGAGACCUCUGAUUCGACUAGCACGUCUGGAACGUACCAUCCAGCACACCUACCAACCUCUGCCGGGUUUACGCCUCUUGAUCCCAAAGUGAAACAGCGCAUUCCUCUGCAGAGCACUUUACUCGAAUGGUCGACAGAAUACUUCCGCGAACCGCAAAUGAGACCGAAUGACCCCGACGAACCCGGUUCUGCUGACUACAAUUCUCGGCUGUGGCGACGUAAUCGUAAUGAGAGAAUCAUCGCCGAUAACCAGCCGUUGAAGGGUGUCGCGGGCAGUUCGAAGUGGACUCGCCUGGAAGGAUUCCUGAACAACCAGAACCAGCCGAUGAACAUGGUAUUCCACCAAUUUGACGAUCACCUGGCUGUCACCGAUGAUAGAGACACGGUCAGCAUCUGGGAUUUUCAAAGAAACGAACAGUUGAGCCGAUUCAGCAAUGGCAAUCCUGUCGGAAGCCGCAUCAACGACGCCAAAUUUAUGAACGAGGAUGACCAGCCUCUGCUGAUGGUGGGCAGCUCCGAUGGCGUCCUCAAAGUCUACCGAAACUACCAGAGUUCGACGGAAGUCAAAGUCAUCACCGCCUUCCGGGCUCUUACGGAAUUGAUCCCGAGCAAUAAGAAUGCGGGGCUGGUGUUUGACUGGCAGCAAGGCCAAGGCAAGGCUCUGGUAGCCGGCGAUGUCAAGGUGAUCAAGGUGUGGAACGCCGCGACCGAACUCUGUGUUGGCGACAUCCCCGCUCGCAGUUCCAGCUGCGUCACGAGCCUAACGAGCGACCAAGUAGCUGGGCAGAUCUUCAUCGCGGGCUUCGGUGACGGCGUGGUUCGAGUGUUUGACCAGCGGCUGAACCCGCGCACGGCCAUGGUCAAGAUCUGGCGCGAACAUCGCCAAUGGAUCACCAACAUCCACAUGCAGCGCGGCGGUGUGCGCGAAUUGAUCUCCGGGUCGCGCAAUGGAGAAGUCAAACUGUGGGAUCUGCGCAGCGACAAGGCCGUGCUUACGCUCAACGCCACUUCUCCAUCGGGUUCAGGAUCCAGACACGACCAUAGUGCUGGUAAUGCUACCCAUACUACUACUGGUCUAAACUCGGCAACGGCAGUAGAGCGAGAUGGCAACAACAACACCACCACAUCAGCAGGAGGGGCUGGCGGAGGUAGUUCUUCAGCCACGUUGCUCCGCAGUCUCUCUGUCCAUGAACACGCCCCCGUCUUCACAGUGGGCACGGACAGACAUGAAGUCCGAACCUUCAACACCAGCGGCGAUCCCCUCGGCGUCUUCGAGCCGCUGUCCAGCCGUCUGUCCCAGGUCGUCGGAGGAUCCCUGGCCGGUCGCGGCUAUCAGUCGCCCAUCGUGGCCACGGCCUAUCAUCCACAUCGGAUGUUGUUGGCCUGUUCGGCCCUCGGGGACGGUCAUGUCAGUCUUGUGAGUUAUUGA